AUGACGUCAACAUCUUCCACCUCGGAGAUUUUCUCUCGCACAAGCGAGCAUUGCCUCAGCUAUAGUUCUUCCUACGGUGCAGAGUCCCUGUUUGAUACCAACUCGGAAACCGAUUCGCCAGGAUUCUUCACGUCCCUGUACCGUGCUGGCGGCCCGUAUCUAUGCUCCUUACCGGCCACCUCCGCUUCGCUCACUACAGCCGCCGGGGCAGGGAGCCCUGCAGCUCGGUUGGCUCUUCUCGAAGACACCGAAAGGCUGGAGGAGGAUGUCAGAAAGAUUCUCCGAAGUGAGCGCAUCGGUUACCAGACCGUUGCCCUCGUCGGACGUCAGUCCAAAAUCAACCCCGAACCCUAUGCCGUCCCUACCGUUGUCGUUGAUGUUGAGCGAGAGUCGCACGACAGUCGGGAUUGGAGACGCGUAGCUCGCCAAAUCCACCAGCAUGUGGCGAGCCUACAUGCCGGGGUCUCCGUAGAGCUAGUUGAUCCCAGCAUGGAGAAGCUCCCCCGCUGCUCUCCCGUGCAGGCGACACAUCGCCUAUUCGCUGAAUGGCCUGCCAUGAGAGAACAAAUCCUGCACGAAUGCUCCAUUUGGGACUGGACAUCACUGGGCCUUUGGAGGUACGGGCGCUCACCGAAUCCGGCGGACAACCCGAUAACUAUCCUUGUCGCCAUCCGGUACGACUCGGUCAGAGAAUACCACACUGAGAGAAACCGAAUCGAAGCCAUCUGUGCCCGGUACGAGGCGCGAGAUGUGUCUAUCUUGUUUCUCAAGGAUGAGCUGAAACUGUGCUGCGGCGUUUCACAGGUGCCAAUAGAGAUUUGUGACGCCGCGGCUUUACCAGGUGUCAGUAUAGGGAUUCACAACAGUUCUGCCGGGUCUUCCACACUUGGAGGGGCCAUACAGCUGCAACAGCAUCCGGGUUCAGAGUGGAGAACAUUGUAUCUCACAUGCUUCCACUCUGUUCACCCACCACUUCAGCAUAGGGGAACACUUAAACAUAUGGAUGGGGCCAAGCAGGGCUUCGUUCGCUGGGAGCAGAGCCCAGCCAACCUCAACGACCAGGACCUGCCUACAAUCUUAAGAGUAGACCAUCCCAGCAACGGUGACCUUGUGGAAGCGGUUAAUGCCGAAAAGUCUGUCUUGAAUGAGAUCAAGGGUGAUAGGUUCCGGAACUUAGAAUCGCGCAUCAGGGCUAUGAGAGCAGGGGAAGAUGCGUUCGUAACGCCGAGAGAGAAACAGCGCUACGAGAACAACCUCAAAAGCAUCGAGAUAUUCCAGCACCGACUCACCAAGUUCGAAACAUUUCUUUCCAGCAAACGCAACUAUCUUGGAGAAGUGGUUGCAGGGAGCGGCCUGCAUCGCACCAAGGAACGCACCAUCGACGGGGGCAGAAAAGGCUUGGGAACGAUGGACUGGGCGUUGAUAUCCGCUUUGAGAACCAGGCAUGGCCUCAACAAGCUCCGAAAUGCCAGUCACUUCCAAGGCAGAAACCUCCUCGAGUCGGACAUGAAACUCUACAAGUCAGGUCGCUCAACCCAGUGGACUCAGGGUCUUUAUAACGGCGCUAGAUCUGUGAAAAUUGCCCGUACCAAAGACCGCAAUAAUAGCUGGCCCUUUGCUGAGCUGGGCGAUUCCGGCUCAUGGAUCUUCCGAGAAGACGGUGAGGUCGUCGGAAUGCUGCUUGGCGCGUUCGAACGUCAGAAUGUUGUGUUUUUUAUACAUAUUGAUGACAUUUUGAGUGACAUCAAAGAUGUCACUGGAUCCGUGGACGUGAGGAUCACCGACUAG